GUGAUUAGCUAGGCUGCAGGACGGUCGCGGAUUGGCGCGGGAGGGCCGCGGGGGCGGAGCAGCGGCGGAUAAAACUGGGCGUGCUCGGCGUCUCAGGGAGACGGAGGCCGGCGAGUGAGGUGCGAAGCUCUGCUGACGACGGCGUUUUGGCAAGAGCAGUGGACGUAAGUCUGUACAAUGAUGUCUGCUAAACGGACUUCCUGGACAAGUCUGUCCACCCUUCAGAAAAUAGCACUGGGCCUUGGGAUCCCAGCCAGUGCAAUAGUGGCCUAUAUCCUAUACCGCAGAUACAGGGAAAGCAGAGAAGAGCGGCUCACAUUUGUUGGGGAGGAUGACAUUGAGAUAGAGAUGCGAAUCCCACAGGAGGCUGUGAAGCUCAUAAUUGGCCGUCAAGGAGCCAAUAUUAAACAGCUGCGGAAGCAGACAGGUGCUCGGAUUGAUGUGGACACAGAGGAUGUUGGUGAUGAGCGGGUGCUGCUUAUCAGUGGUUUUCCUGUUCAGGUGUGCAAGGCCAAAGCAGCAAUACAUCAAAUCCUGACGGAGAAUACUCCAGUGUCUGAGCAACUCUCUGUUCCCCAGAGAUCUGUGGGCAGAAUUAUAGGAAGAGGCGGUGAAACGAUUCGUUCUAUCUGUAAGGCUUCAGGAGCCAAAAUUACUUGUGAUAAAGAAUCAGAGGGGACAUUGCUACUAUCAAGACUUAUAAAAAUCUCAGGAACACAGAAGGAAGUGACAGCUGCAAAACAUUUGAUAUUGGAGAAAGUAUCAGAAGAUGAGGAACUUAGGAGGAGAAUUGCUCAUUCUGUGGAAACCAGAGUCCCACGCAAGCAGCCAAUCAGUGUUAGAAGAGAAGAAGUGAUGGAGGAAGAAGCUUCACCACCACCAGUUCCUGACCACUUAGGAGGUGGCGACAUGACUGCUGAAAGGCCUGUAGAAGCUUCCUGGGAGAAACCUAAUGAUGAUAGCCCUCAAAAGUCUGGAGAACUUACCAAUCCAGAGCUGCCCAUGUUUGAAAUUCCUAGUUCCGACUUCAUGUUUCAUGAUGGUGAGUUCCUGGAAGUCUACGUUUCUGCUACAGAGAACCCUAACCACUUUUGGAUCCAAAUUACUGGCUAUCGCAGCAGUCAGUUGGAUAAGCUUGUCUGUGAGAUGACCCAGUACUACACGGACAGCCAGUUUGAAGACUUGCCUUUGAACGAGGGGGACCUUGUUGCCGCACCUUUAGCUGACAAUGGUUACUGGUAUCGAGCACGAGUCCUUGGCACAUUGGAAAAUGGAAAAGUGGACAUUUACUUCAUUGACUACGGAGAUAAUGGAGAAUGCCCACUGAUGGACCUCAGGGCACUCAGGAGUGACUUCCUGAGCCUUCCAAUACAAGCAAUAGAGUGUAGUCUGGCAGAGAUUGGGCCGUCAGGUGAAAAGUGGGAAGAAGAAGCCUUGGAUGAGUUUGACAGAAUCACUCACUGUGGCUGUUGGAAACCCUUGGUGGCCAAGGUCUUUGGCUGUGUUCAGAAUGGGAUCCCAGCAUGGCCCAAGGUCUACUUAUAUGACACUAAUGAUGAAAAUACACUUGACAUUAGAUUGGAAUUAAUUCGUCAAGGAUAUGCAGUUGAGGUUCCUGAAGACAUGGAAAGCAAUGAAACUGCUUCAGGCAUUUUGCAGGAUACGGCCCUAAAAACGCACAUCUCCGGAGGAGCAGGAGACCCCCUGCCCUGCCUUCUGUCAGAAGCUGACUCCUUGUCCGGUGAUGAGAUCCUUGAAGACGACUAUUUACUUGAAGUCGGCUUCACCUGCCUCAGUUGUCUGCUUUGCUGCAGGUGGAGGUAUUGUGAUGAGCUUACCAACAGGGGCCUUUUUAAUUUUCUCUCCAGUAUCUUCCCCCAGUUCCACUGCUCUGUAGCUGCUAUCCUGCAGCUUAACUUGCUCCCAGAUUUCAGACCGUUUAUGUGUUUGAUAGGAUUCAGCAUAGGAUUUUGUGGCUGACAAGAAAAGCCUAUGAUAGAGGUCCAUGCAGUCCUUUAUUCACACAAGAGCCACCUCUGUAUACCAGAUACAUUUGUCUUCUCACUGGACUAUCAGAGUGAAUGGAGGAGAGGGAGACACACCCUCUCCCCCCCUCCAGCUUGGAAUACCACUGCUUUCCUUCCAGGCUGCUCACCACCCAUCCAGCUUGGUCCUCAUCCAGUGACUAUGGACUCUGCUGCUGUGUUGUACUCUACUGUUGUCUGUGAGGCUGGAAACAGCCAGGAUUUGGUCAUCAAGACAUGAGAAUUCUACAGAAUCUUAUUCACCUCAUCAGGUGACCAGUUUAGGAAGUUUUUGAGUGUUGAACUCAAAAGACCAGUUGACUCAAACAGCAAAGGAAAAAAUCAGCAUGCAUAUUUUAAUAGGCUUCAGGAAGUGAGAAGAUUCUGCCUCUUGACCAUCUACUGAUGCAAGUAUUCAAAAAUGCUUCAGAUGUUUUCCUGAAAACUAGUUAAAAGGCAAGGAGAGAGGUAGUUCAGGAAAAGAUGGUUUGAUAAUUAUAUACUUCUGCUAUGUAAGAGUAUACAUUUAAUAUGUUACUGUUUUGGUUAUUUGGGUGAAUAAAGUUCUAAAGAAACUUGUGUAAA